AGACCCCGACAGGUCGGUUGGAUUCAGGGCAAUAGCUAGAGAACUGCAUAUCAUAAAAAUAACCAUCGCGGAAUGUGUAAACAUUGAUCUGUUAUCACGGUAGAGGAUUUCCAGGGAAACCCCCUUACUCGUUCACUUCUCUCAAGUUGUCACUUCAGCCGACCCUGCGGUGUCCGUAAAUUCUACUUAUCGUUAAAGUGUGUCUGAAUCAGGAGGGGAUGUCUAUUGUAAAAAUUUGGUUAACUGUCAUCACCAUGUGAGGGGGAUUAUUCUAGGGGGCGGGGGUUAAUGAUGGUUGAAAGCGCGCAUACACAUUUUACAUUUGUAUGCUGAUAAAUCAAUCCGGAAUUAAAGCUAUAAGGUGAUACAAAAAAGAGUUUACGAAGCCCUACUUUCCUGAUAAUAUUAUCAAGUUCUUAUAGCACUACCAAUCACACAUAUGAUAUCUUUCGUUAAUUCAUAGAAAUAACAAUUUCAUAACAAAUAACGUCUUUUUAUGAUAAUAACAAAGACGAGUAACAGAAAAUUUUGGACCUUUUAACCCCGAUCCAAAAUUAUGUUAAUUUAGUUUUUUAUCAGAUGAUAUUUCCCACUAAUCCUAAAAACAACCUUAUCUUUAAAUAAAGUCCCGAUCAUCAAACAUAGUUAAGAAGUUUUGUUUAACUUGGGUACUCAUUGAGAUUUUUAGGAAUGUGUACGAUAUCCGGUUUGUUGUAAUAAAAAGUUCAGUAUAGAGUUCGCCGACAUGAACACCUCCCGUCCUCAUACCUCGACCCCCAUCCUCACCCCCACGGCCAUCCUCAGUGUCCAGGACUCGGUGCCUGUCAUCCUACUCUUCCUGUUUGGAGUAUUCGGGAAUCUCGCGGCGCUUAUUGUUCUCUGUUUUCGAAGCAAGAUACACGAAUGGCGCCCGUUUUACAGAUUUGUGCUUGGUUUAGCCAUCACUGACGGGGGCGGGCUUCUUAUUUCUAUCCCUAUUUCGGAGUACCAGUAUUUGUCCCGCUUCAAGGAUCAGCUACCACGGCCCGUGUGUGAAUACCUCGCCUUCAUCUACAUGUUCACCUUACUGUCGUCUGCCAUGAUCGUCUGCUGUAUGUCCGUGGACCGAUUCCUUGCUACGUUUUUUCCAUUGUACUACAAUUCUACGACCAAAGGACGAAGAGCCAACAUUACUUUAACACUUCUAUGGAUAACUUCCGCUUUACUCUGCAUUCUGCAUGUUUUUGGAUUAGGUUCUGCAAAGAUCUUUUAUCCCGGCUCAUGGUGUUUUCUAAAUUUCAUUGACACGGAAGACACUGGUAACGCAGUAUAUGCCUAUAUGUACGCCAUUACGGGUGUCCUGAUUGUGACAUUAACCUUACUUCUUAACUUGACGGUGAUUGUCUAUUUCAUUUACAAAAGACUUACACGAAACUUUUCAGCAUCCCCUACUCAAAGCUGGUGUGACGUUCACGUGAUUGUGUUCUUAAUUUCCAUAGUAACAGUAUUCACUUCCUGUUGGUCCCCGCUUAUAGUGAAUAUUCUUCAGCACGUUUCCGGCGCCACCAGUGGUGUUGGGGAGACGGAGCUUCUGCUGGUCAGACUGAGUAUUACUAACUCUGUCAUAGACCCCUGGAUCUACAUACUGUUUCGGAAGGAAGUGGUCGCUGUGGCCGUGAACUGUGCCAGGAGAGUUUGUCAAACAGUAGAGGAAACUCAGAGGUCAUGUUCCCGGUCAGCAACCGGAAGUAAAACACAGGGGGAAGGACUGGGAAGCGUGCACAUCAAUCCUUUAGCAGAAGAUCCGUGACGUCAUAUUGGUGACUUUUAUGAAAAGUGCAAUGAUGUUAUAAUCAGAAAACGUUUGAUCAUCAUAUGACUAAUUUCUUCUGAUCUUUGGAACGACACUGUCUUUUAUGCGGGACUGUCACAAUAUGCAGGGUGUGCUCAUCAAACGUUCAUCAUUUCGUACAUAGCUUUUUUCAUAUAUAAUAUACAGUGUUUUUUUAAUAUGUGAUCUUGUCGUAUAUCGGUAUGCGGUCAAAUCCUUGUUUCAAUUGUUUUCUUUGGUUCUUUCAUUAAAUUUUUGAAAGACAUAAUUUUUUAACGUUUUCCACUCCUCAAUGUUCUUGUAUCAAGAAUUUCUUGAGAAAAAUACAAAGAUAAUGAGAGGCCAGUGUUCACCCCUCUGAGUUAUGGCCAAUUUAAUUUGAUCUUUUUGCACCUAAAAUGCGAUUUCAGCCUGAUUAGGAUUUGUUGUCAGUAUUUUUUUAUCAAGCAAACUUUUUUUUCUUGUAAUAUUGUUUUUAAUUAUGAACAAUAUUCACACUGAAUAGAGGGAUAACGAAAUAAAACUUGUAUGAAGCUGCAUAAAUUUUUGUGUGACCUUUUUGCACUUAAAAUAGGCAAUUUCUAUGAUAGUUACAAUUUGAUUGAAAUAAAAUCAUUUUGAAAAUCAAGAAUUUUAUCAGAUUAAUCCAGUUUGCCUAGAUAUAUAUUCAGAAUCAUUUUGACAUAAUAAAACAUGGGGGUCAGUGAUGUCAAAUUUUAGAUAUAUGGCUUCGAAGUAAAAUUCUCGCAAAAAUUGGCUUUAAAAAAUUCAGACAUUUUCUAUAUAUUUGCAUGAUUUUAUGCUGAACAUCUAUUACUCUCUCAAAAUUUAGUUUUGUGCAAGUCAUACCGGACAUAUAGAACAUAUUACAAACCUAUCAAAUGUUAAAAAUGUGAA